AUGGUUAACUUCACGAUUGACCAACUCCGUGAGAUCAUGGACCGCAAGUACAACAUCCGUAACAUGUCCGUUAUUGCUCAUGUUGACCACGGCAAAUCCACCCUCACCGACUCUCUCGUCGCCGCUGCCGGCAUCAUCGCCAUGGCCAACGCCGGCGACCAGAGGCUUACCGACACCCGUCAGGAUGAACAGGAUCGAUGCAUUACCAUCAAGUCCACUGGUAUUUCUCUGUUCUUUAAUUUCCCGGACGAUCUCCCGCUCCCCAAGGAAGCCGACGGCCGCAACUUCCUUAUCAACCUAAUCGAUUCGCCGGGCCACGUUGACUUUUCCUCCGAGGUCACCGCAGCACUUCGCGUCACUGAUGGUGCUCUUGUUGUUGUCGAUUCUGUCGAGGGUGUUUGUGUCCAGACCGAGACUGUCCUGCGCCAGGCCCUCGCAGAGCGCAUCAAGCCGGUCAUGACCAUCAACAAGCUCGAUCGCUCCUUCCUUGAACUCCAACUGGAACCCGAGGACAUGUACCAAAACUUCUCGCGUAUUAUCGAGACGGCCAACGUCAUCAUGUCUACCUAUCAAGAUGAGGAGCUCGGUGAUGUACAGGUGUACCCGGAUGCUGGUACCGUCGCUUUCUCCGCCGGUCUGCACGGAUGGGCCUUCACCCUCAACCGUUUCGCACGCAUGUACUCCAAAAAGUUUGGGGUCGAACCGGAGAAAAUGACCUCUCGUUUGUGGGGUGACUCCUUCUUCAACCGGAAGGAGAAGAAGUGGACGAAGCGCGAAGGUAAGGGCGGCGUCCGUGCCUUCUGCGAGUUCGUCAUCAAGCCCAUCAAGAAAAUCAUUGAACUGUGCAUGGCCGACAAGGUUGAGGAUCUGACCAAGCUCUUAACCAGCUUGAAUAUCAAGCUCACAACGGAGGACAAAGAGCUGCGACAAAAGCCGCUAAUGAAGCGUGUGUUGCAGAAGUGGCUUCCCGCCGAUCAGGCUUUGUUGGAAAUGAUGGUCCUUUACCUGCCCGCCCCUGCCGAGGCUCAAAAGUAUCGUGCGGAGCUUCUCUAUGAGGGCCCCCCGGACGACGCUUGCUGUACCGCUAUCCGCAACUGCGAUGCUAAUGGUCCGCUCAUGCUGUACAUAUCUAAGAUGGUUCCGUCUUCCGAUAAGGGCCGCUUCAUCGCAUACGGGCGCGUGUUCUCGGGAACUGUUCGCGCGGGGAUGAAAGUAAGGAUUAUGGGUCCCAACUACGUCCCCGGUACAAAGAAGGACCUUGCCGUCAAGAGCGUUCAGCGCACUCUUCUCAUGAUGGGACGACGUACCGAUGCUGUCGACUCCGUCCCCUGCGGUAACACCGUUGGUCUGGUCGGGCUGGACCAGGUCAUUAUCAAAUCUGGAACCAUUUCGGAUGUCGAGAGCGCCUUCCCACUCAAGGACAUGAAGUACUCAGUGUCCCCAGUCGUGCGUGUGGCCGUCGAGCCGAAGAAUCCCAGUGACCUCCCGAAACUGGUAGAAGGUCUGAAGCGUCUCGCGAAGUCAGAUCCGCUGGUGCAAACUAUUACAGAAGAGUCAGGUGAGCACGUUAUCGCUGGUGCAGGUGAAUUGCAUCUGGAAAUUUGCCUGAAGGAUCUCAAGGAUGACUUCAUGAACGGGGCCGAAAUUCGCGUUUCGAAUCCAGUUGUCACGUUCCGUGAGACAAUCGAAGGUGUAGAAAAUCCCGAAAACACGGCCAUAUGCCUGUCCAAGAGUCCCAACAAGCACAAUCGCUUGUACAUUUACGCCACCCCGUUGCCUGACAAUCUUCCGGAAGCCAUUGAGGACGGCAAGGUCACUCCCCGCGACGAAGCCAAGGCCCGCAUGAAGAUGCUCCGUGAUGAGUAUGGAGUUCCUGAGGAUGCGGCGAAGAAGAUCUGGUGCUUCGGUCCAGACACAACCGGUGCCAACUUGCUCGUAGAUCGUGCUAAGGCUGUGCAGUACCUGAAUGACAUCAAGGAUUCUUGCGUGGCCGCAUUCCAAUGGGCCACCAAGGAGGGUGUUCUCUGCGAUGAGAACAUGCGCGGUAUUCUCUUCAACAUUCACGACUGCAGCUUGCACGCCGAUACCAUUCACCGCGGUGGUGGUCAGAUCAUCCCAACUUGCCGUCGUGCUCUGUUCGGAGCGCAACUACUGGCUGGACCGAAAUUAGUGGAACCUUUCUUCUUGGUAGAAAUUCAGUGCCCUGAGACGAUUGUAGGAUCGAUCUAUGGCGUUCUGACCCGCAAGCGUGGUCACGUUUUUGAGGAAGUGCAACGUCCCGGGACCCCUAUGUUCAACGUCAAAGCAUACCUGCCAGUACAGGAAUCAUUUGGUUUUACCGCGGAUCUCCGCUCCGCCACUGGUGGACAGGCAUUCCCGCAGUGCGUGUUCGAUCAUUGGAGCACUAUGGCCGGUGACCCGCUUGACCCAGCCGAAACUGUUGGCACUUUAGUGAAGGCUAUCCGCGAGCGCAAGGGUUUGAAGCCAGUAGUUCCGGAUAUCGGAAACUUUUACGACAGGCUGUAGGGCUUGAAACCUGGCCCUCAUUUCCACUUGUCUGUUCUUUAGGAUGAACUUUAGGACUUAGACAUCACAGUACACUAAAUUGUUCGGAUAAGAAAAA